CUUCCGGUUUUGCAACCCCUGGGUGCCGGCGGCGUACAUCGGCCCUUUAGGGCUUUAUUCGGAAGCUCCGCCUUUGCUUGGGUCUUUCUGGAAAGCCAGCUUUGAUCUGGACCGAGUGGGGCAGCGUCCCGGGCUCCUGCGUAUCUCCCAUGGCGGAUACGACCCCGAACGGCCCUCAAGGGGCUGGCGCUGUGCAAUUCAUGAUGACCAAUAAGCUGGAUACGGCCAUGUGGCUUUCUCGCUUGUUCACAGUUUAUUGCUCCGCUCUGUUUGUUCUGCCUCUUCUCGGGUUGCAUGAGGCAGCAAGCUUUUACCAGCGUGCUUUGCUGGCGAAUGCCCUCACCAGUGCUCUGAGACUGCAUCAGAGGUUACCACACUUCCAGUUAAGCAGAGCCUUCCUGGCUCAGGCUUUGCUAGAGGACAGCUGUCACUACCUGCUGUACUCGCUCAUUUUCGUCAAUUCCUACCCUGUUACAAUGAGUAUUUUCCCAGUCUUGUUGUUUUCUUUGCUUCAUGCUGCCACGUACACUAAGAAGGUCCUGGAUGCAAAGGGUUCAAAUAGUUUACCUCUGCUGAGAUCUGUCUUGGAUAAAUUAAGUGCUAACCAACAAAAUAUUCUGAAAUUCAUUGCUUGCAAUGAAAUAUUCUUGAUGCCAGCUACAGUUUUUAUGCUCUUUAGUGGUCAAGGAAGUUUGCUCCAGCCUUUUAUAUACUAUAGAUUUUUGACUCUUCGCUAUUCCUCUAGAAGAAAUCCAUAUUGUCGGAACUUGUUCAAUGAACUGAGGAUUGUUGUUGAGCACAUUAUAAUGAAGCCCUCCUGCCCACUGUUUGUGAGAAGACUUUGUCUCCAGAGCAUCGCCUUCAUUAGCAGACUGGCUCCAACAGUUGCGUAGUUUACCGUCUAGUUAAGCUGUGAAUAGAAGAUAAGCAUUAGUAGCUGGUAAUUUGGAUAGGGGUCUCAAAUGACAGGUCUAACACCAACCUCAGUUCAAUUUACAUGAUUUACAUAAGUGCAUCUCAGUGCAAAAUAAUCAUUUCCUGGCAUGUUAGUCAAGCCUUUAAUAGUUUCUGAGAAAAUUUUACUGUACAUUAUUGUUCGUGGUUAUGUAAGUUUUUAUUUAAUGAUAAAUGUUACUAAAUUGUUUUAGAUGCUGCUGUGCCUACAUCAUGAAAUACAUUUAUUUCCUUUAAAAAGAAUUCUGAAAUUUGUUUUAUCCUAACCAGUAACCCAAGUUACAUUUGGAAUGAGCUCAUAUGGUUAUAGAUGAAUUCAGUAUGUUUUGAGGCAGUAUUUUUCCCAGUGAUUUUGGUUGGGAUUUUUAGCAGACGCCCAUCCCCCUGCAGUUUGAUUUCACAUUCAGCUGAUCUUGUGAUGCUUUGCUAGGACAGAUGUGUUUAGCCUGCACCAUUACAAGGGAAAUUCUGUGUCUAUUUUGUGACCUGCUACGCUUUCGUUUCCAUUAGUAUAUCUGUGGCUUUGGUUGUGUUUGGAUCUGGCUUGACUGUAAACCUGUUUUGGAUUAGCUAUAUGGGGUCAUAUAACCAUUUACUCUAGAAGGUGGUAGUGACCACACAGCAUCAGAGACCUACUAAGUAACUUUUACAAAUGUCCACAGAUAGAUUACCAGUGUUGCUAUAGUUUGUAGAAAUACCUAGUUCAGAUUCUUGACUCCAGUUUUCUUGGUUUCUUAGGCUUGAAAUGUCCUAGAAGUUUGCAGCAGCAGUUCUGAUGCCUUUGAAAGGAUGAGACUGAAGAUUGAGCAUGUGAUUACACUUGUAUUUUCUGAAAUAAUGAAGAAUGUUCUGUAGAUUACAUGUUUAUCCAGCAAAUACAAUUCAAAAGGUUAAGUGGAGAGGUUUAUAGGUAAGGUAAUUAAACAGGCCUGGGGAAUAGUUGAGGGAUAGUGGGUAGUACGUACAUGAGCUUGGGGGACUGGAUGUACAAUAUAAUGCAUCUAUAUGAUUGGGGCUGGAUAAUAUGUUCAAGAUUUUUAAUUGAGUUCCCAUAAAUUCCCUUAUAAAAGUUAUUUUGAUCUUUGUUAACUGUUGCAUGAUUGAAAAUGCUUAAAACACUGCACAAUUUUAGUAUAAGAUAAUGUAAUAUUGUGGUCUUUUUUUGUACCCAGUUCUCUUCUAUCUGCAUGUAAUUUGGAUUUCUCAAAUACAUUCAUUAGUAAUUUAUAACAUCAGUUUUCUUUCUGUUUUAGCUCCUAAUCUGUAGAGAAGUGAUAGUCUUGGGGUAGAUUUCCAGAAAAUACAACCUGAUAGCUUAGCUUUAACCAGGUACUUUUACAUUUUUAUAACAGUUAUCCACCAAGUUGGAGACUUUUUAUGUAUGUGCCUAGCCUCCUUAUCACUAUAUAUGAAAUCUGAUGGUUUGAAAACUCCAGCUUUGUCGAACAAUGAAGUGACUGUAAUGUUAUGUAAGCGUACUGAUUUCUAAUGAUGAUUUAAAACAUUGUCUUGAAUGACAUCAAGUUCUGGCAGCUAAAGGCAUAUUUAUUUUGAAAUUUUUUUCCCACCAUCUUUUUUUCAAUCUUGGAACAUUUUAGAUUCCUAAGAGGUUCAAAAUAGUGCUGAGAGUUCCUUACUUAUCUAUUUUUAUAUUACCAUCUUUUAAUUGGUAGGACAUUUAUGCAAAGUAAGAUAAUAACCUUGAAUUAACUAAAGUACAAAAUUUAUUUGGAUUCCAACAGUUUUUCUAUUUGUUGUGUGUGUGUGCUGUGUUUGUACCAGGAUUGCCUUUUGUGUGUCAAAGCGUAUAAGUGAGUUUUUGGUCUUUAUAAUAAUGGUACUUCCUUAGAGGAGCUUAUUCAUGCUGGAUUUAAAAAGAGCUUUUCCCUUAAAACUGUAAUUUCAACUGUUUAGUGAUUUAAAUUCAGACUUUUUAAUGAUGCUGCAGAAUUACAUUAUUUCUGAUAUACUCAUGCUUUAAUGGAAAUAUAGAUUUGUUCCUUGAAGAUGUAGAAUAUAAAUAAUAUUCUCAAACUUAUGAAAAGGCAAAUUUUAUAAUUUGAAUGUUACUAGAUGUUAGUUUGCAUGAAACUGUAGUUAGCAAUAUCACGUGUGUGAAUGUAUACAAUCAGCUGAUCUUGAAUCUGAAAUUAGUGUUUCCAUGUACACCUGUCAAAAUAUAGGAAAUGUAAUCCUGUAUAAAGUGAUGAGCUGGGGAAAUGUAACACUGUACACAGCUAAACAGUGUAAAGGAAGUUGGUUUAUCAUCUACAAUCUCUAGUCCUUUGGGAACUGGAACAGUGUUGUCUUUUAAAGCCCAUUGGACAGAUGGAAGCUUCCUAUAAACCCUGUUCUCUAGAAAGCAUUUUAUAUUCCUUUGUAUAUGUCAUGUCUUACUGAAUUGGAUGGAUUUUUUUUUUUUUUUUUUUUUUCUUACUGUUUUGUUUUCGAGACAGGUAGUCCUGGCUGUCCUGGAACUUGCUUUGUAGACCAGGCUGGCCUCAAACUCACAGAGCUCCUCCUGCCUCUGCCUGCUGAAUGCUGGGAUUAAAAGUGUGCACCACCACUGCCUGGCAAGUUGGCUGUAUUUUCAUAUUAAGCCCCAGAGCAAUUUCUUUUUUUUUUUUUUUUUUUUUUGGAGACAGGGUUUCUCUGUGGUUUUGGAGCCUGUCCUGGAACUAACUCUUGUAGACCAGGCUGGUCUCGAACUCACAGCGAUUCGCCUGCCUCUGCCUCCCGAGUGCUAGGAUUAAAGGCGUGCGCCACCACCGCCCGGCCCCAGAGCAAUUUCUUAAGAGUAAUUUAUAUUUAAAUUUCCUUGAAAUAAAAUUUCACUAAGGUAAACGCUUUUGAAAGAAAAACAAGAAAGCAAACUAAUUUAAAAAUUAAAUUCAGAUACUUACCUAUCCCUUACAGAGAACAUCAAGGCAAGCUUAAUAACAAACCAGAAGUUCUGGGAAAUCAAUGGAUUCUGUUAAAUAAGAAUCACAAAGCCCCAGUGCAUCUAAAGAGAGAGACAAAAGUUUGAAUUAGGUUUGUGAAUUUAGCAAAUAUCCUGGGAGGGAGAGUGGAUGCAUAUGUAACAAGACAAGCAGAACUUGAGUUCUCUAAAACAUUUCAGAUGAGAGAUUGUGGUAAAAUCCAUCCCGGGGGAAGAAAGGUAUGCACAGUUAAUGUUAUAAUCAGUAGGUGUCACUCUUUCCUUGGAUACUCCUCAUUUUUACAGUUGUGUUAGGUUAAAUGCUUAGCUGACCAUUGCACUAAGGAUUUUAAUCCUGUAAUCUCUUUAAUUCAAUAUUGGACAAAUAUUCGGUAAGUACUUACUGUGCAUGCUGGGAGAUGGGACUGGGGACUGACGCCUUAUUCUACCACUGUGCUAUACUCCCGUCUUUGGAGUACUGCUUUACAGUAUAAAACGUUCAAAAGAAGCGCACUGUUGUCAGUACGAGAUAGAAAGCAGGAUGCAGUUGGGAGUGGCAUCGUGCUCCUGUCUCAUCUCAUCAUUCUCAGCCUAAGUAACCUGAGUCUAUAAAUUGUAAGAUUAUUAUUUCCCUUUAUCAAGUGUAGAAAAAUGAUAGUUUCAUCUUUUUUUAUAUAGAGAGGUGAAAUUUUAAUUUUUUUCAUCAUUUGUAGGUAUACUAGAUAGAAUCUACAUAACCUAUAUGAUUGAGACUUUCCCAGUGAUUUGAAAGCACCUAACAGUUUGGGUAUUACAUCAGGAGUGCUCCCUGAGUUUGAAAAUCAAGUGUAGUUUGUAAAGACAAGUUUUUCUUAGCACCACUGGAAUUCCACACAGGCAGUGUGCUGGUGAGCUUGGCAGACAGUGUACUGGAGAAUGUAAGACCUUUGAAAAGUCUGCAGUUGUUUCUCCACAGCUCUUCAGUGCACACAGGCUCUUAUAGUUCUAGCUACAAACUGGAGCUGGUGUCAAGGGUGUCAAAAGAGCUACUGGGAAUUUAGAAGAUGUCCUGUGAUUCAUCAGUGAGGUUUUUGUGAUUUGAGUUGGCAUUUAAGUGACUUAUCCAAAAUGGACCCAUUCUUGGGGGAAGGCUUGUCUCUGGUCUCCCUUUCUGUGCUGUGUGCUGUGUAACUGACCCACACUGAGUUUGAGCUGGUAGUCAUGUGACAAAUGCAGUAUUCUCUGUAUUGGAAAUGGAUUCUCUUUCUUAGAAAACAGUAGGGAAAAGAUGAUUAAUAGCUAUGUUUGCUAGAGUCUUAAACAAUUGGCUGUUGUAGGAGAAAGAAGGGCCCAAGAAUCAAUUCAAUUUUUUUUUCUUUCCUAGCUUGUUGCUUCCUUUCUCCCUUCCUCUUCUCCCUUCCUAUCUCACCCCACCCCCAAUCCCCAACAGGGUUUCUCUGUUUAGCCCUGACUGUCCUGGAACUCCUUCUGCAGACCAGGCUGGCCUCGAACUCAGGGAUCCGCCUGCCUUUGACUCCCACCUUUUCUAGCUUUCUAAAGCUACAUUAAAAAAAAAAAACCUAGCAUUUUUGAAACUGACCUUUAUUGUUCAUAACAUUGAAUUCCAAGCCUUUACUAUUCUUUUGUAACUUCAAGAACAUUUCCCUUUAACAUAGUUUUUGUCUGCAUGUGUCUGUAAAUUGAGACCAAAAGAGCAAAAUCUGGGGCAGCGAACAUUUAUGGUGUGCAUAUAUUGGAGCAAAUAUACAAGGAUUGCAAAGAUUAGAAAGAGUCAUGGAAAUUGCUUGAUUUAAUAAAUGCAUCACUUCUGGUGCUUGAUAUAAUGGGAUAUAUUGAACUAAAAAAUUGUAUAUAUAGUAUGUCAGCGUUUCUUACUAACUUCUCUUGAAUACAUUUUUAAUAUAUUGUACAGGUUAGGGAGUUAUAUAUACUCUUCAAGCCAAUACUAUCCAGACUGUAGAUUUAUAAAAUAAAUUGAAAAAUUUAUCAUUCUCCUGUAUUCAAGACCAAAGCUCAUAAUGCUAAUGUAGGGCUCAGAGGGGAAAUAUAGUUCUCCUGCAUAUUUGAGAAAAUGUGAAGUCCUUUCAAGAAAAUGUAAUAAACAUAAUAAUCAUAGCCUGCUGACACUGAGGAAAAGGGGCCUCCUUCGCUCUUCCUUUUAUGCAGCGAUUUACUGGUCUCUGCUGAUUUCAAAUUGGAUCACUGUAGUAAAUUAUCCAUGCUGGUCUGUGCAAGUAAGCCCUAGGAUCCAUAUUUGUUUUGUGUUCUGCUUAAAUCAGCAAGAAUGAUAAAUUUGAUGGUGUGAAAUUGGAAGUAUCAAGGGCUUUCUUUGAUGAUUGAGCAAAGUCUUGUCUCCACCUGUAAUUUUUGUGACCCUUUUUCAGUGUAUGUGCUUCAUAUGUCUAAUAUUUAUUUCAAUAUAAAUUAGAUUGUUCUUCCUUCAUCUAUAAUGUUAUACCUAACAUUUUAUUGAUGUAAAGUCAAAUUGUGUAAUAAAAGUCUUCCUGGAUU